AUGGCCCCAUCCCAUUACCCGAGACUGCAGACUGGUCAUUUAUUGACUUCACCGACGAAUGAGGUUGUUAGAGAAGGGAGUCCCGUGCGCUCUCCUGCACCUUCAGUUAGGUCAAGUGGCCCUGAAAGAGAGCCUACAUCAGGAACUAUCCCGCCUCAGUCACCUGUGAGUCAUGUGGGCACACCUCCACCAAACACGCAACCUGAAACCCCACAUGGUGAUGUUAUUAGUCAGCUAACUACUGUCAUAAUACAACAACAAGCUUCAAUUGCCACACUGUUAGAGGCUCUCCAACGUAAUAUGGAUGCAGUGGCCUCGAAGAUCGAAGAAGUUAGUGGGGCAAAUAUGUUUGAAUGGUUUCAGGGGCUGAGGCCACCGUCCUUCUCAGGAGCACCAGUUUCAGUUCUAGCACAACAUUGGCUGAAUAAAAUGGCCAAGAUGAUGAGAUCGCUGCAUUGUUCGGAUGCCCAAAAGGUUAUUCUCGCCACUUAUGCCUUGGAAGGCGAGGCCGAUAUAUGGUGGGAAGGCAUGUUACGAAGAGUCCCAUCUGAUUAUGAGUGGACCUGGAAUGAGUUUAAGAAAAGGUUCAAUGAAAAGUACUUUCCUCCAUUCUAUCGUCAUGAGAAAAUAUCUGAGUUUCUUAAAUUGGAACAAGGGAAUAUGACAGUGUCACAAUAUGAAGUAUGCUUCGACGAAUUGUCACGAUAUGUACCGAAGGCUGUUGAGGACGAGGAAUAUAAAUUGGAAAAGUUUAAGAUAGGUCUUCGACUUGAAAUCCAGUCGAGAUUAUGCACCUUCGACUUUACUGACUUUGCUGAUCUCGUGGACAAAGCCAUGCGAAUAAAUAAGGACUUCGAGCGUAGGUCCAAAACACGUGCUCUUAUUCAAGGUUCGGCAAGCAAAGCCAAGACAACGCCAAUUGCAUCUCCUAUGGCCGAGAAGAGAAUGGAAUUAGUGCCUCACCUAACUCAUUCCUCGGGUCAGGAUAAGCUCUGUGAUUAUUGUAGAAGGCAAGGUCACUUCUUGAAGCAGUGUUUUAAGAAAUGA